AUGGGCCCCAGAGUCAAGAGACGUCGGUUGACCGACCCUGAAGAUCAAAGUGACGACAUUUGCCAGCCUGCUUCCAGCCUGGAUAAGGACAGCUGGAAUGGAUUUUGUGAGAUUGAAUCAGAGCCCGCACUGUUCAAUGUCAUGCUGCGUGAAUUCGGCGUCAAAGGCGUCAAAGUUCAAGAGGUCGUCUCUCUUGACGAAGAAAUGAUGGCCUUCCUCAACAAGCCUGUAUAUGGCUUAAUUUUUCUCUUUCGUUGGCGUCAAGAUGACGGCGGAAAGCAAGAAGCAACUUGUCCAGACGGAAUCUGGUUCGCAAAUCAGGUCAGCACCCUUAGUCUCGGCAGAUUAUGCGUUGCUAAUCAAGUAAAGACUGCCAACAAUGCUUGCGCCAGCGUGGCGAUGCUCAAUAUUGUGAACAAUAUCCCAGAUGUUGACCUAGGUGAAAAUCUGCGGUCCUUCAAAGAGUUCACUAUGCCAUUCACCCCAGCCUUGCGUGGGGAUGCUAUCAACAACUUCGAGUUUGUCAAAAGGAUACACAACUCUUUUGCAAGAAAAAUGGACAUUCUCAAUUCGGAUCUACAGCUCAAGGCCGAGGCAACUAGUAGAAAAAAGGGCUCCAAGGGCCAAGAUGACGACGAAUCAAAUACCGCCUUCCACUUUAUCGCAUUUAUGCCUGUCAUGGGCCAACUAUGGAAAUUCGAUGGCUUGGAGCGACAGCCUCGUACACUUGGUGAAUGUUCUGAAGACAACUGGCUCGAACUAGUCAAGCCCAAUCUUCUCGAUCGAAUGGCUGCCUAUGAAGAGGACCAGAUUGAAUUUUCGAUCCUGGGACUUGUGCAUGACCCUUUGCCUAAUCUUGUCCGUGAAUUGGCUACUAACGUGAGAACCAUGGAGGUUCUCAACGAACGUGCCAUGAACUUAUGCUCUUCAACGAACACAUUUUCUUUGGAUGGGACUGUGCUCGGACCAGAUGCAUCCCUCUCCCUGACAAAAGAAGAGAUUGAUGCCGUGGUGAUUCCUCCAAAAACUCUCAACGAGUACCGCACAUGUUCAGAAAGUCAGUUACGGGAGUAUCAGCAGACUACAGAUAAUCAACAGCGUGAACUUCGAUCACGUAUUCGUGAAGAGCAACAAUCACAUUGGUCGGAUGACGAGUAUGCCGCGGGUCGUCGGUAUGAUUAUGGACCAGCGGUGCGCUUGUGGCUGCGACUCUUGGCACGAAAGCAACAGCUGCAGCAGAUAUCCCUCGUGGCCUAG